AUGGGGCCGCAGGAGGGGCGCGAGGCCGGGCCUCCCGCCGCGCGGCGCUUCACCUGGCAGGAGAUCGGCCUGCGCACCAAGCCGGGGGACCCCCAGCGGCAGAUGUGGCUGGUGGUCGACAGGAGGGUCUACGACGUCGGGCGCUUCUACCGGCGGCACCCGGGGGGCGCCCGCAUCUUGCAGGGCCACAUCGGGGAGGAUGCGACGGAUGCCUUUCAUGCAUUCCAUGUGGACUGCACAUUAGUGAAGAAGUUUUUGAACUCGCUGAUGAUUGGGGAGCUGGCAUCAGAUGAGCCAAGUUCUGAACCCUCCAAAAAUAAACAGCUUACUGAGGACUUCCGUGAGUUGCGAGCCACCGUAAAGAAAAUGGGACUCCUGAAACCCAACACUUUCUUCUUCUUGUCCCUCCUCCUUCAUAUCCUGUUGCUGGAAACUGCAGCCUGGUUCACCAUCUGGUACUUUGGAACAUCUUUACUGCCCUUCACUGCCUCUUUAAUAUUGCUGACAGUAUCACAGGUCCAGGCCUCCUGGCUCCAGCAUGACCUGGGGCACCUUUCUGUUUUCCAGAAGAAUAAGUGGAACCGCCUGCUUCACAAAUUUGUGAUGUGCCAUCUGAUAGGAGCAUCAGCAAAAUGGUGGAAUCUGUGGCACAGUCAACACCAUGCAAAGCCCAACUGCUAUUCCAAGGACCCAGACAUUAACCUUCACCCGUUUGUGUUUGCUUUGGGAAAGAAACUUUCGGUGGAACUUGGGAUAAAGAAGACAAAAUAUAUGCCUUACAACCAUCAACACAAGUAUUUCUUCAUCACUGUGCCUCCACUGUUGUUUCCUACCUACUUCCAGUACCACAACUUCUAUCUCGUUAUCAAGAAAAGGUUCUGGGUGGAGCUGGCAUGCAUGUUGAGCUUCUACAUCCGAUUUUUCUUCAUCUGUGGCAGCCUACUUGGAUUAAAUAGUCUGGCAUUCUACCUGCUACUCAGGAUGCUGGAAAGCUCAUGGUUUGUAUGGGUAUCACAAAUGAACCACUUACCCAUGGAUAUAGAUUAUGAUAAAAACUUGGACUGGGUCUCCAGUCAGCUCCAGGCAACAUGCAAUGUACACCAGUCCUUGUUCAAUGACUGGUUUACUGGGCACUUGAAUUUCCAGAUUGAACACCACCUUUUUCCGUCAAUGCCUCGACACAACUUCUGGAAAGUGGCCCCUCUGGUGAAGUCUUUGUGUUCUAAACAUGGCAUUGAGUACCAGUGUAAGCCCUUACAGACAGCCUUUGCAGAUAUUUUACAUUCCUUAAAGGAUGCUGGAGAACUCUGGUUGGAUGCCUAUCUUCAUAAAUAA